ACAUCUGCGACAAGUCCACCGGUAAACCUUUUUCAUUUUAUUUUGAGACAGUGAUGGGUUUGUAUAUGAUCACAUCUCUUCCACGCGGUGGUUCGCGAUACUUACAAGGAAUAUAAUAUUUCUCUACCCGCACAGAAAGACAAGCGCAAGGAGCAAAGGAAUAUCACUAAAUCUCAUCAACAAUCCAAUCCAGCAACGCAGUUAUUGCUUUAAAUGAAUCUUGGAGAUCCAUCCCUUUCAUUCCCAAGGAUGCUGUAGAUUCAACUCUCUCCCUCUCUUACUUCUCUCUCCAUUUGUGUGCGCUCGUAUCUUCAUAGAUUGGUUUAGAAUUGGAUUUUUGGAAGGAGGGGAGGAUGGACAGCAGCCAUAUUGGCGAAUUGGGGUUGGGAAGUACAAGAUCUAGUGCCCCUCGAAAGGGGAAGAAAAGCAGUUCAGAGAAGCCAAAGCAACCCCAGAGAGGUCUUGGAGUGGCUCAGUUGGAGAAGAUCAGAUUGCAAAAUCAAAUGGCCGGACAUCUCCCCUCACUCCACUCCCCAUUCCACAGUAAUCUCAGAAUGGAGGAUAUGAGAGUAGAUGUAGCACUUUCAUCAUCUCCCUCUUCCUCAAACACGGCCUCAUCAUCUUCAGUCUUUGCUCUUCAUCCCAACAUCAUGAUGGGUUAUGGAGACACUGAAAGAAGACAUAUUUCAGAUGGUGAAUUCCACUCUAGUCCUCCAUGCAGGCCUCUCCCAGAUCCCAACAGCACCUUUCUACCCCACCAUUGUGCACCAGCGACUGCAACACGGCCCCUUUGGGAACAAACCACGGAGAACUCAGUGCAGAAGAAGCAACGGCAUGAUGGAAGCCGCUCAACAAGUUCUAUGAGUCAGAACUCUGACCCUAGUGAUGCACAAGAAGUAGAUCUAGAGCUUAGAUUAUCACUAUAAACACUUGGAAGAUAAGCUUUAGGUUGAUGGUCUUGUUCUCCUAUAAUAAAUUCAUGCCACACGUACUAUAGUUGGGAAAAUAUAUACCUGUUCGCAAUUUGGUAUUUUACCAAAGGAAUGCGUGUGAUGCGAGACCGAAGCCAUCAAGAGUUUGUUAACACCUACAACUAUCUGAUCACAACUGAGAAAUCCUUGUUCUUGUUUCAUUCUUAUUUUUCUUUCUGACAUAGAAAUAUGGGACUUGCUCAAAAAAGACAUUGAAAGAUGGGACAAGCCCCAUCAAAAUUUCAAUUCAUUGAGAGGUCGAAAUGUUGUUCCGACUUUAUUGAAACGUGGAAACAAUCAGAAUAGGUUUUCA